AUGCGGAACGAAGAAUUAGCCACGUUGAACGGGCUGCGUCUAGCCGACCAGCCCAUCAGAUAUCCGUCCCGAUCGGUCCGCCUGCUCGAGCGCCUCCAGAAGACGGCCGACCAAGAUGGCCAGCUCGCGUCCCGAGCGCUGGUUCCGCUCAACGUGGUCAUCGUCGGUGCCGGUCUCGGUGGCCUAGCGACAGCGGUGGCGCUGGCCCGUCGUGGCCACACGGUGACCAUCCUGGAGCAGGCGCCGGCGCUGGGCGAAGUCGGAGCCGGGAUCCAGAUCCCGCCCAACUCGGCGCGCCUGCUGCUGUCCUGGGGCAUCGGGCCGUAUUUCAAAGGCCGCGUGGUGGAACCAGACAGCAUGACGUUCCGGCGCUGGCAGAAUGGCGACCCGAUCGGCUACACGCGCCUGGUGCCCGACUUCCCCGACGCCUACGGCGCACCCUACCUGGUGAUCCACCGCGCCGACUUCCACAGUGCGCUCUGUCGCCUGGCCGAGCAGCACGGCGUGCAGAUCCUGACGGACAGCCGUGUGGUGGCGUACGAUGAGGCCGCGCCGGCAGUGACGACGGCUGACGGCCGGACCUUUGCAGCUGACCUGGUCGUCGGCGCCGACGGCGUCAAGUCACUGGCGCGGCCGGUCGUCCUGGGUGGCACCGACCGGCUGGCCAACAAGACCGGCUUUGCCGUCUACCGGGCGGUCGUGGACACGGCCAAGAUCCAGGCCGACGCCGACACGGCCUGGCUGCUGGAGAAGCCGGGCAUCAACAUCUGGAUCGGUCCCGAUCGCCACGUGAUGACGUACAGCAUCGCCGGCGGCAACUCGUUCAACAUGGUGCUCUCGCACGUCGACCACAGCGACCCGGCCUCGUGGACGCCGGCCGACGCGGUCGCCGAGAUGCGCGGCCAGUUUGCCGGCUGGGACCCGCGCCUCAACAAGGUCAUCGCCAUGAUCGAGAGCACCAUCAAGUGGCCGCUGAUGAGCGGCGCCCGCCUGCCUACCUGGAUUGCCCCUAGUCGCCGCCUCGUCCUUCUCGGCGAUGCUGCCCACGCCAUGGUGCCCUACAUGUCGCAGGGUGCCGCCAUGGCUGUCGAGGACGGUGCUGCCCUCGCCGAGGUGCUCUCGCUCGUACCCUCCCGUGAUCAGCUGCCCGAUGCCCUCGCCGUCUUCGAGCAGGAACGCAUGCAGCGCAGCGGCGGCAUGCAGACCGCCAGCCUCGUCAAUGGCCGCCUCUGGCAUUUUGCUGAUGGACCUGAACAGGAGGCACGUGACCGUGGCUCACGCGCAGAGGUCGAGGGCCGUCCCUUUCUCGAGAGCACGAAUCAGUGGAGCGACCCAGUCACGCAGGUGUGGGCGUACGGUUACGACGCCGAGGCAGAGGCACGGGAGCGGUGGAAGGCAAGGAAGUAG